UUCCUAUUUUUCAAAGCAAGCUUUCCCGGCUGGGUUUUGCAUUAAAGAUAAAACUGAUGACGGAAAUAAUUUUGUACUAAAAAAAUAGAGCAAUCAGCAUGGCAAGCACACAGCACGCGUUCCAGCCCCAGCACAGUGUAGUGUCGGCCCCAGCAGCCACGGGGCGACCCAAACUGAACAGGAUGCAAUCACUGCAGAGAAUGAGAAGUCGACUGGCAUCAGGCACUAAAGAAUUCCUAGGCCUAGAUGAACAGCAGAAACCUACGGAGCAGGACAAAUGGACGCAGCGCAGGUUGCGGCUUCUAAGUAGGUCACUAGUGGGUAACGUGAAGAAAGAGUGCCUGCAGAAGAAAUACGGAGACGAGACUGACAGUGUGUUCAUGCCAAACGUUGUUGAUCCAUUAGCAAAGAGAGGUCACUUUACGGGAUUUGACAUGACAGACGGAGGGUCGAUGAGAACGACGCCCAUGUCCAGCACCAGCACAUACUAUCGCAGACGCAUGAUGGGGCCUCGUAAACGAGGGAGAAAAGACUCUGUGAUGAAGAUGGCAUGGGAUGGAGUCAAUCAGCUGGUGGGUAGAAAGCCGUCAAGAAAAUCUCGACAGUGGAGUCGAAGUUUUGCACCUGCCAGCAUCACAUCAGACGAUAUGGAUGCUUUAUCUUUCACCCCCCAGGAAGCUGUGAUAGAAGAAGAAGACAUGUCCUUGGUCGAUGACGUCUUCUUUGACAUCAAGAGUCCCACAUUCUCCAUGUCUGCCCCAGAUUUUAUGAAGAAGACAGAACUGGAGACUGUCCCUGAAGCCAGAGAUGAGGUGGACGUAGGAAGGUCCACUCCUAAAAUUGUUCCAGGUCAGUGGCAUGCUGGUCAUCAUCCCCGCCAGGGUCUACCCUCCACCCCAGGGACGGCAGCGGUUGCUGUCCAUCCCCUCAGUGGCGUUGGCAUGCGGAGGAUUGUGGGUGGGGUUAUGGAGAGAGCCUUGGAUAACUCUGAUCGCAGGCGUGUGGGAAUGGGGAUCAUUGGACGCAUUUUCAAGCGUAGCUUCAAGAGAGGUGGAGUGGAUGAAGAUGUCAGGGAACAAAUAGAUAAAAUGCAUGAUCAUAGGCCGUUCUUCACAUUCUGGGUGACAUUUGUGCAGAUAGCAGUGUACAUAGUGUCUGUGUCUGUGUAUGGCAUAGCACCUGUAGGAUUCUCUGACACUCUCAUAUCAGAUGUGGUACUGACAUCCAAUUUAGCCUUAGAGAAAGUUGCAUACUAUGAGAAAGACAACAUGUGGAUAGGACCUAGACAAGCUGAUCUGAUUCAUCUUGGCGCUAAAUAUUCUCCCUGUAUGCGUCGCGACAGGAAUGUGAUUGCUGCACUAGAAACAGAUAAAAGUAGAGAACGUGAAACUGCAUGCUGUAUUAGAAAUGCCAGAGAGGAUGGGUGUGUGCAGAAACCUCGCCGGACUUGUUCUCCAUAUUUGUCAACAUGGUGGAAGUGGGGUGAAGACGGAAGAUUGGGCUUCAACAACCGCACAAAUGGCUCUGUCUGUGGCCAGGAUCCAGAGUUUUGCCUGACUCCAGCAUCUACUGAGCCAUAUGUGUGGCCAGAUGAUAUCACAAAAUGGCCUUUAUGUGUCAGAACUGAACAAAAUCUAACCCAUGGCAAUGAAUCAGAAGUAAGUCUUUUCCACCCACACAUGACUUGCGAAAUACGUGGGCGGCCAUGUUGUAUUGGGAUCCAAGGAGAGUGUAUCAUCACCACCCCAGAGCACUGUAAGUUCAGGAAGGGAUAUUACCAUAAAGAGGCUGCACUUUGUUCACAGGUGAAUUGUAUGAACCAGAUCUGUGGCAUGAUCCAGUUUUUGGACCCCCAGUACCCGGACCAGUUCUACCGCCUCUGGACCAGUCUCUUCCUACACGCAGGUCUCUUCCAUUUGGUGAUCUCUAUAAUCUUUCAAAUGCUGAUUAUGCGUGAUGUGGAGAAAUUAGCAGGGUGGAUCAGGGUCUCCAUUAUAUACAUUGUAUCUGGGAUAGCUGGUAACUUGGCCAGCGCCAUAUUUCUACCAUAUCAGGUGGAGGCGGGUCCUGCGGGUUCCCAGUUUGGCAUCCUGUCCUGUUUGUUUGUGGAAGUCCUCCAGAGUUGGCAGCUGAUCGAGACCCCCUGGAAAGCUCUCUUGAAACAAGGUGGCGUCAUCCUGGCCCUCUUUAUCCUGGGCCUGCUGCCCUGGAUAGACAACUACGCCCAUUUAGUCGGUUUCUUUACAGGCUUCCUGCUCUCAUUUGCCCUGCUUCCUUAUGUGACUUUUGGGGACUGGGACAAAAAGAGGAAAAUUAUAGGAAUAGUGUUGUCCGUUGUGACUGUUAUAGCUUUUAUUGUGGUAUUGUUUAUUCUGUUUUACGUCGUUCCCAUUUAUGAAUGCCCUCACUGUUCUUACUUUAACUGUAUUCCUUUUACUCCCAAGUUCUGUGAAAAUAUGGAAGUGAAGAUUGGAAGAACACAAUCGUAGUAAAGGGGGUUAAAAUUAAGACAUUAUUAUCAUUUGUUAACAAUGUUGCAGAACAUAUCGGUGUAUUUUAAGCAUAUAGCUUCCUUAGACUACCCUUUGUCAGAUCGAUAUGAACGUCUUGUUAAGUUAGUGUUUUGGUUAGAUUUUGAUUAAUGAGAUAAAUGAUGUUUUAUGAGAGUACUAGAGCUAUUUUUAUCAUUGCCAAAUGAGCUAAUUUAUUGUUAACAACUCUGUAUUGUAACCAAAGUAAUUAUGUUAAUCUGUUAAGGCUCUAUUUCGCAGAAGAAAAUACGCCUGUAAUGAAUCUUGAAUCUUGUAAUUAGAAAUCUAAGUUGAGUUAGCCCCGGGUCAAAGUCUAUGGGCUUAACUCCAACUGUUCUCAGUUGAAUAGCUAACAGCUAUGUGGUGUUGGUGUAGAAGUUUUCAUGUUGGCCAUGUUAUCUUUCAUUGACAGGCUGUGUUGCCAUGAUGAGCAGAAAUUGGUGACAAACCACCACUAGACAUGUGACUUUCAUCCUAGGUUCUUUUAUCAAGAUGGGACCAGGCAAUGGACUGGAGUCCAGUUUUUCAAAAUUCAUAGAUGUAUAAAAUUAUAUAUAUUUGUAUCAAUCUAAGAUUGGUGCUCCAGCAAGGUGCACCUAAAAUUGUUUUGUAACAGAAAUUACACAGAUAAAUGCAGAUUAUUUAUGAGAUAUUUUCACAGUUUUCAAUUUUGUUCUUACAAAUCAAGAUAAAUAGCAAGCUUCGUUGGCUAUUGCCAAUUUGGUGCUCAGCUUAUAAACUAUUAUCUCCAUAGGGUAACCAUAUGUUUCAAGGAAAAGUUGUUAGGGUUUGCUUGCAGUGUUUCGGAAGCAGCAAAGAAGCUUAUGUAGAUUUUUUGUUACUUUUAGAAAUAGAAUUACACACUACAAAAGGCAAUAGGUAUAAUAGUCCAAUCUUCUGUCAGAUGGGAUGAGAACUUCUUUUCUCCAGUUAAUUAGUCCCAACAUGCCAGUCUUAAUAUGGCCUCUAGUUAAACUGGACUGGUACACUAACUGUAACUUUGAUGGGAACAGCUUUGGUUACUCUAUUCAUCUUCUGUGAAUUGAUUUGUUUAGUGUUCAGAUAGAUCACAUUUGGAUAAACUCAUCGUAAAUGUCAAUUUGAUUGUUUUAGAAAUGAGACAUUGACUUUUCUUUUCUAGGAGACAUUUAGCAUUAUGCAAGCAAUGUUUAAAGAAUUACAAGAAAUUUUUUCAAGUUCCUUUGGUGAUGUCAUGCAUUGUCCACUUAGAUUGCUGAAUAUAGCUUUUGGAUUCGUCAACUAACAAAAAGAAAGUAUGUUUCUUUGCUGCCAUUCAGUGCGCAAUUUUUUGUAUCAUUUUUAUUUAGGUUAACAAUCACUGAUGCAAAGUCCUGGGGGCAUCUAUUAGGGAUAUUUACUUUUCUCUGUAAUAGGAAGUUUUUUUCUGCCUUUUGAUCUGUGAUUUAGUGUAAUAUUUUUUUUUACCCCCGUUCAAUGCGAUAGACAUCAAUACAAUCUCAGGUUUACUGUAGAGUAGUAAAUAAAUAAAAAAAAAAAAAACUGUAACAAUAAACAGUUACCUUGGUUGUAUGCUAGCAUGUAAUCAGUGGUGCAGAGGAAGACUGCAAUUCAGACCUUCGAUCUUGCACAUUCAUACACUGUGAGUAGAGCUUUACUGCAGAACGUGUUGAUUUGAAAUAUAAUUAACAUCAGAUAUGGUGUUGACUGUUGUGUAAGCGUAUCAGACCUGUUUUGAUGUAUCUGGCAGAUUUAGUGAACUUUUUGUGUCAUUUGUGUACAAGAAAACUUACUGCUGAUUUGAUUCAAGCUUCUGUGUCAAAGUGGACCUGCUAUCAUUUAUAUUAACUAUUUCAAUUCUUUUCUUUUUGAAGUUUUUUUUCUUAGAUCAUGAAAUCGACUAUGCCAAAUACAACCCACAAAAUUGCUGAAGUAUAUCUUAUACCCAUCUAUGUUAAUGUAACUAUAUUUGUACAAACUUCUUUUGUAUGGAAUUUGAUUUUCUACCUUUGUCCAAUAAAAUUAAAUGUAUUUAACUGUUCUCA